GGGGUUUCGGCCCUUCCCGCCUUCGCCCGACUCCCGGGUUCGCUCCCCGGGAGCGGCAGUGGGGAGUAGUUUAUUAACCCCGAGGUGUGCCGAGCAGCUCUGCAGACGUUCUUGGCAUUCUGCUCUUUGUUCCGGGACCGGCUUCAGGCAGAUUUGCGAGAUCGCUGCUCUCCCAGAUUGGCAAAAUUUGUAUACGCUUCUGCCACUCAGAGUAGGUGUUUUUGAGAGUAAACUUAUUGAAGGAAAAUGAUGGAAGAGAGUGGAAUAGAGACAACCCCGCCGGGGACUCCUCCACCACAUCCUGCAGGACUGGCCACAGCUGCCACGUCUUCCACCCCACUUCCUUUAGCCACAGCCGGUUCUUUCUCUUCUCCGAAUGUGUCAUCCAUACAGCCCCUACCACUGCACACCUACUCCAGCCCUCCGCCGGCCCUCCAGCCCUCCAUCCCGCCUGUGCAGCCUCCAGCGCCCUUGUCACUUGCACAGCCUGUCUCAGUACCUUCUGGUCCAGCCCUAGCGACUUCUGUCCCCCUUCCUGUUUCUCCGCCACCUGCUGCUGCCUUCGGUAAUCCUCCUCUGGCUCACUUCCCACCUUCAUCUUCUACCCCAAGUACUCUUUCAUCUGCACCCUCUUCUGGUCCUCCCACCUCAGGAUUUUCUGUUGGGGCAGCUUAUGACAUCACAAGGGGACAUGCUGGAAGAGCUCCCCAAACACCCCUGAUGCCAUCAUUCUCUGCACCUCCGGUAACAGGUAUGUUGCCGACUCCCAUUACUCAGCAAGCCAGUUUGACAUCUCUGGCACAGGGACCUGGAACCACAUCAGCCAUUACUUUUCCAGAGGAACAAGAAGAUCCUCGAGUUGGUAGAAGUCAGGAUGAAGCAUCUGCUGGUGGGCUCUGGGGUUUUAUUAAGGGUGUGGCUGGAAAUCCGAUGGUGAAAUCUGUGCUUGAUAAAACAAAACAUUCAGUAGAAAGCAUGAUUACGACGCUGGACCCUGGCAUGGCCCCAUAUAUCAAAUCUGGAGGUGAACUGGAUAUUGUAGUGACUUCAAAUAAAGAAGUAAAAGUUGCUGCCAUCCGAGAUGCCUUCCAGGAGGUCUUUGGCUUAGCUGUGGUCAUAGGGGAAGCUGGACAGUCCAAUAUUGCCCCACAGCCAGUGGGCUAUGCGGCUGGUUUAAAAGGCGCCCAGGAACGGAUAGACAGCUUGCGUCGAACUGGAGUCAUCCAUGAAAAACAGACUGCUGUGUCAGUAGAAAACUUCAUUGCGGAAUUGCUACCUGACAAGUGGUUUGACAUUGGCUGUUUGAUAGUGGAAGAUCCUGUCCAUGGCAUUCACCUAGAAACGUUUACACAGGCCACACCAGUGCCUUUGGAAUUUGUUCAGCAGGCUCAAAAUCUGACGCCCCAGGACUACAGUCUGAGGUGGUCAGGCCUUUUGGUGACAGUGGGUGAAGUCCUGGAAAAGAGCUUACUGAACGUGACCCGGACUGACUGGCACAUGACAUUCACCGGCAUGUCUCGCCGGCAGAUGAUCUACAGCGCAGCCAAAGCCAUUGCUGGCAUGUACAAGCAGCGCCUGCCCCCCCGGGCCGUGUGAUGGAAGACUGCCCCAGGACACUGAGACGACUUCACUUGGAAUUUGGCGGUAAAGAUAUUAUCGUAUCAUCCCCGGGUAGAGAGCUCCAAUGAAUGCAGCAGUCUGGAUAAUUUGCCUGUAGGCUGCCCUUGUUCUCUGCUAGAAAGGCAUGGUGUCAUUCCAGUAGAUGAAAACAAACAGAUCCUUGCUGUGAUCGUGUCAUUUCACGUACCGCAGUUCUCAAAAAAAUAUGUCAAUAUUUUUAUAGGACAAUUUGAUAUACCAAAUUUGUAAGGUGCAAAUUCAAGUGCUCUGACAUUUAACUCAGUGAUAUGUACUUGAUUAUUUUGUUGUUUAGGAAGAUACAAUUCAUUAAAGCAUGUGUCGUUGUUAUCUCAUGAUUUCUCUCUGUUAUUCUAACACUUUCUGUGCAUGCAGGUGAUCAGUGAUCUCAGGUGUGACGCUGAGCCGUGUGCUCAACAGCUGAUCCUCAGACACCAACUGGCAGGGAGACUGUGGACAUUUCUAUGCAUAUUUUUCAUUCACAUGGGCCAAAAUAACGGGAGUGAUUUCUUUUUUUCUUUUCUUUUUUCUUUUCUUUUCUUUUUUUUUUUUUUUGUUACCAUGGAUGGACACACAUCUUAAGAUUUUUUUCAAAGUAAGACUUGGCAUUUCACAGAUUUAUACUCUGAAACACUGCAGUAGUAGGUUUUAUUUUCCAUUGCUGUGUGACAAUUAAGUGGCACAUGAUUUGAGUGUAUUUUAAAUCAGAAGCAUUUGGGUUAUUUUUAUAUACUACUAUUCGAUAUUUCCGAGUAAACUCUGACAAUGUCCAUUAUUCCUAUUUCCACUCAUUUUCUCAACUGUCAGACAUUUUUCAGAGGAAUUACUUUGUUAUUUAUGGGAUUCUAUGCCUCCUGUUUUAAUUAAGGUUACUUAAUAUUUAGAUUGCCUUAAACACUGCUUUUCUAACUUGGUGCCAUUCUGCCUUUACUCUUGAUGGAAGUUUUCAGUGAAACUAUUUAAUAUUCAGCCUGUUUUAUCUAGUCCAUCAUGUUUGUAUUUAGUGAAAGCUUCUCCCUCCCCCCUCCAACCCCAAAUAAUAUAUUUUAGCAUUUUUGGAUUUAUAUAAAUCAAAAUUUAAUUAGUUUGUCUUUUACUCUGGACUCUAUGUAUGCAAGUUCAUAUAACUUUUUGAACAGUUUCUUACAUAAAUGUAAUUUAAUUUUUAUUUACUUGUCUAUACAAUUCUUUAUAUGUAAAUUAAUCAGCACAAUCUUAUAAAGGGUGUUGAAGCUAUUAUCCUGCACUGUCAUUACAUGUAACAUUUGCUUCGUAUUAAUUUGAGUACUUACUUGAUUUUUGCUUUUUUACCUGAGGAUGAGAAGCAUUAAUUUCACAACUCUGUGUUCAUUUCCAAGCACUGUAUGGUUGCUGGGUGAAAUUCAGAUUUGUCUGUCAUUAAAAGGAAGGAGAGAAAAGGCAUGUAACCAGUUGCUGUGGUGUAAUAGGGCUAGAAUGCUUUUCUCCCCGCUUUUAUUGCUAUUUGUGCAACACUUUAUCUGAUUAAUAAAAGAAAAGUGUUUCUGUACCACUUGCUUUUAUUCUUUAUUUUUAAAAAGCUCCUCUUUCCUAACCAUAUUUUAUCAUGGCAUUGGCCUGCUAACAAAUCACAAUUAGGGAUGAAGGAUGCCCGUACUUGGAGUAUUUCUGACAUUCUCCCUCCUGUUAUACAGAAUUUUAAAGAUCCUUAAAAAGUACCUUUUUAUUUUACCAAGUCUUAAACAGUUGAUGUUUCUGAUGGCUAUUUUCAUAGACUCACAAACAUGGACAUCCACUUUGAUGACAGUUUUCCCUUUGUCCUCAAAUUCUUCUAUGGCUUGUGUGAAGCCAGGUAAAUUUCCAGUCCUGUUCACCUGACGAGCCUUCUGCUCCCUGGAACAGUGUGAGCAGGCGAGGAAGGUGAGGGAAGGGCGCGUGGAAAAGAUGAACCUACACUCUGCUUUGGCCUCAGGCUCUUUCUGGCCCUCUGUUACCUUUGAAAGUUGUCUAAGCAUGACUGACUCCAUGAGCUCCGUGUUCCCCACCUUGUGUUUAUCUUUUCAUUUUUAGAUUUGUCAUACAAGGGGUAAGAGAAAGAACUCCAGACCCUGUAUGUGCCUGGGCGGUGUGAGCCAGGCAGCGUCCUAAUGAGCGGGCAUACUACAUGCAAGCCGUCAGCCCGAGGCCCGGUCCCCUUCCCCGGGCACCCAGCCAUCCCCCUCCCUGCCCGCUUCCACCCACACCAACAGUUCUGAGGGCAAGUCCCACUACGAGUCCCUCAAGCUUCUCAGGAAAACCAGUCCCUGACACGGUUCUUAUCACUGUUCUUGGGGUCCUGUCUGUGAUUCUUUGCUCUUUGCUUGGGGAAUUACUUAGUGAAUGUUCUCAGCUUGUAUGUACACUUCGGUGUUUUAAUUAAGUGGUGCAAAAGACAACAGGAAAAAGGCAGCACGAGUAAUGUAGCAUCAACCUCAGUUGACAGAAGGAACUCAGAUGACUCUGUUCAGGACCCUUCAGUGAAUAAGCCUGUCAGGUCCCCCGGAACCAGAGUGGUGCCACAGUUGGAAAGACUUAAGCAGUUCUAGUUUUCUCCUCCUUGUCUCUCAAUGACUUGCCCAUUCUCUGGUUUGUCUUAAGGAAUAAUGAGGUAGAAAAUUGAGAUGACUGAAUAGAAACCAAAUAGAACUGUACUAGUAAAUUUAAGGGAAAUAGGAUAUGCGUGUAUUCAAAAUUAUGCAAAUUAGCAAUAUACUCAGUGUCAACUAAAUUACUUUGUUGUUGAAUAUGCUUUGUUCUUGACUACAAAAAAUUCUAAACAGGUAUUUGUGUUCUCUGAAGCCAAACUGAAAGUAUUUUGUGGUCCGAAAGAUGUCAGGUUAUGCAUAUAUCAUUAAGAAAUUUGGAUUUUUACUCCCAGAAUAUGAAGUUCAUUCUUAAGAUACUAUGCAGGAUGACGUAUUGCAUAAAAACUAUUUUGUAAAUAUGUAAAUAUGUUAUAAUAAAGAAUACCUCAAUUUA